AUGACACUGGAAUCUUCUCAGACGUGGACUGUCGCAAGCCUAUCUGGUGUAGCCUCUUUUUCCAUUUCCGCAAAGGGCGUUACAAAUCCACCCUCAAUUGACAACACCGCCAUCGAAGCUUGCGAGGUCAGACGCAGCAUUCCAAGGUUAUGGAGAUGGCUUAUCGGAGUGGAUUCAACAAGCACGAAGUAUCUAAGGCUCUAUUGUUCCCAAAUUGGCUUGUCGAGAACCGAUUUGGUCAACACAAAGUUCCGCAAGCUUCUUGGAACUGUUCUUGGAGGUCACAUUACUCCAGAGCGCCUCCGCGAUAGGACAGAACCCUGGAUAUCCGAAUCUCUAGAGCACAGGAAGGCAUUACCGUCUACACGGCUGGAUACGCAGCAAUCUACAGAAACUCAAUAUACUGAUAUACCCAAACGGUCUUUACAGCCAACUUAUAGACCUUUGGAUCAGCACGGAGAUACGAUUCGGCUGUUGAGUUUUGACCAAAAACGCACCGCGGGUACCAUUGAGGCGAGUCUGGCACUGUCGACGCUCUCAAAUAUGACUGCAUAUCGCGCGGUUUCAUACGAAUGGGGAACCAAGGCUAGUAAUGAGUCUUCUUCUCUAACAAUGAUAUUGAAAGGCCAUCAAAUCUCCAUUCAGCCGAAUCUGCACAGGUUUCUGACCAGAAUACAACAAUAG